AUGUUUGAAAACUUGAAAGCAUUUAUUAGACACGGCAAGCAGGCUAAUGACAUGAAGAGAAAGCCUGGCGCUUCCUCGCCUUACACCUCUUCGGAAAACCCUUUUGGAUCAGGGUACGAAAUAAUCGAUGGAACUGGUAUCAGCGGGAUCAGCAAUACUAGCAAUGGAAGUAACGAUAGUCCAUCAGAUAUACAAUACCAACAAUACCAGCAACAAUUUGAACAACAAAAUCAACAGCAUCAUCAACAUGCAGUGCCCAAUGCGAAUGGCUUAGACGGCGCUAAUGCUUAUGCCACUCCUACUUAUAGUGCGGACGGUAACCAGUCUGAUGUUACUUUGAACGACCCUGCUGAUCAUCACAGACAGCAGCAACAGCACCCGAAAAAUACCCACGACCAUCAAGAUUAUGACAAAGUAGCUACUCAGUUGGUUGAGGAGGAAAAUUUACAAAAAUCCAAAUUCAAGACAUACAAAAACUUGGACAAUUACGAAGUAUUGGAGCAAAUGGGAGAAGGUGCCUUUUCCAUCGUCAAUAAGGCCAUUCACAAACCAACUGGGAAAGAAGUUGCCAUCAAGAUUUUACGCAAGUUCCAAAUGGACCAACAACAGAAACAAGCAGUGUUGAAAGAAGUCACAAUCAUGCGUCAAUUACAACAUCCCAACAUUGUUUCAUUUAUCGAGUUUAUUGAUUCCCCGGACUAUUACUACAUUGUCCAGGAGUUGGCAUCUGGCGGUGAAAUCUUCACCAUGAUUGUCAAAUACACUUAUUUAUCUGAAGAUUUAUCGCGUUGGAUCAUUACCCAAGUAGCACACGCCAUCCGCUACUUGCAUGAAGAAGUUGGAAUAGUGCAUCGUGACAUCAAGCCGGAAAACUUGUUGUUUGAGCCUAUUGACGUUGUACCCAGUGUCAACCCCAUUGCCAAGUUGCGCAAGAGUGACAACCCCAGCACAAAGAAGGAUGAAGGUGAGUUUACACCAGGGUUGGGUGGUGGAGGCAUUGGAGUUGUCAAGUUGGCUGAUUUUGGAUUAUCCAAACAGAUUUGGGAACAUAAUACCAAGACGCCGUGUGGUACUGUUGGAUACACGGCGCCGGAAAUUGUUAGGGAUGAACGGUACUCUAAGGAAGUUGACAUGUGGGCCAUGGGAUGUGUCUUGUACACCUUACUUUGUGGGUUCCCGCCCUUUUAUGAUGAACGCAUUGAAACCUUGACUGAAAAAGUGGCCAAGGGGCAAUUUACAUUUUUGGAACCUUGGUGGGAUGAAAUAAGCGAUGGGGCUAAAAACUGUGUGUCGAAUUUGUUGACGGUUGAUCCGAGGAAAAGGUAUACUAUAGAUGAAUUGUUGCAAGAUCCUUGGAUGAAGCAACAAACUGGUGCAGGAGAUGCAUCUUCACAAGCAAUCCCAGUUGAAGCUCCUUCUUCCGCCAGGAUCAAGAAAUCGCAUCCUAUUCAAUCGCAUAACACCUCCAGCACCGCCAAUACUGGAAAAUACUCCAAAAAGUCCCGCUUGCAACAAUCAUUCAACCAAGAUCUUUACUCACCAGCAGCGGUUGCUUUACGUGAUGCAUUUGAUAUCUCCACCGCAGUACAUCGUAUGGGUGAAGAAGCUGCAUUGUCGAAUAAACAAGGCGGCAUGGGAUUUGGCGACGUUGAAGAUUUGAUUGAGGAGGAGGAAGAGGAAAAUGAGGAGGAUGUGACUAGAAGCGGAAGAGUCUUGCGCCAUCAUUACAAUAGCAACAACAAUGGAGCUACUACUGCCGGUGAUGCUUCUUCAAGGAUACCUCGCUCGAGCCAUCGUCGUCAUCAACAACAGCAAAGUGCAGUCAAGCCUAAAGGAGGGUUCGAUUUGAACUUGGGAGGCGCCUCAAUCAUUGAGAGAAGAAAGAAUAAACAGAUCCCUAUCCAAAGUAGCUAG